AUGGCAGUUCCUAGCUCAGGUACAUUCGUCGUCUCUCAGAUAGAUGUGCUUGAAAGCAUCCGCAGAGGACACUCCGUGCCGGUCACGGAGCUCACCACUUCGAGGGAACAAAGAACACAGGAUGCCGAGACCAUCCAGGACCUCAUCAGUGCCAUUUUCCCCAGCUCACAGCGGCGGGGAAUAUCCAUACCCUCCUUCCAAAUGUAUCUCAAUUCGAAUUUGAUCACAACAUUCUCAAACACACAGUCGGCUCUCGGCAAGGCCGCGACAAGCAUCAUCGAGCGCUGGUAUUCCGACGAGCAGGCUGGAUUCCCGGCGAGAAUGCCGGUGGAGGAACACGAGGAUCGUGUGCUCCGAUGGAUCGCAAGCUCCGGGAUCGUCCCUCCAUAUGCCGGGAGACAAGGAUCUUGGCGUCCGGAUUAUCUCUUCAGCGCAACGUCCGAGAAGGCCUUUCAGCCUGUAAUCUGCGAGAUAAAUGCUCGGCUUCCGUUCAACACCUGGCUCCUGCUCGGCUCUGCUUCCAAGCCAUUCGAUCAGCUCGGGCUUGACAAGGCCGGUCUCAAGACUGGCCACGAUGGUGAUGUAAGGAACAAAAUCCGUAAAAUGGAUCUUCUAAGCGCUUGUGCAUUCCACUCGGCAAUUCUCAGCAUGUUCGAUGCGUCUCAUCCCGGGCAUAUCCUAAUAGGUUCUGAGUGGAAGGGCAUAGACGUCCAUGUUCUCCCGAACCUCUUUCAAGGCAAGACUGGACAGCCGAUGCGGAUCAUCUCGCCGGUACAGUUGCGGCUUACCCCGGACUCCAGCUCGCCCACAGGAUAUCAUCUCUCUUGCACGGUCGUCAACCCCGAGAGCGGCAAUGAGGUCGAGGAGCGAGUCUGGCAGAUGGCCCUUGAGAUCGUGCAAGGCGAACUGCGGGAUCUGGACCCCGACGUCAUGCGGGAGAUUGCGCGCGUCUGCAUCAAUGAUUUCAGAACCUACUUCUUGUUGCAUGAUAAGCGCUUCCUCGCUAUCAUACUCGAAGAACUCAACAACCUCCUAACCUUAGGAGUGUUUACUGCUGACGAAGCGCAACUACUCAGAGAAGGCAUCGUCCCUUCAUAUCUUCCCGGAUCGCAGCGCUGGCGGGAAACGAUUGCUUCGCCAGCGACGAAAGAUAGUUUCGUACUCAAAAAUGGCAGAGGAGGAAUCGGGAUGGGACAUGUCUUCGGGAGCAGUGUCUCGGAAGAGGAGUGGGUCUCCGCUCUUGAGAAGGCGGGUGAAGUCAAGCAAUACCUGGGCGGCCAGGCCGUCUCUCUCCAGCAGAAGGUAACACAGCAUGAAUUCGAUAUUCUCAACGCUGCUGGAGAAGAUAAUGGGAAGAUGCAUGUUGUGGGCUCGUGGGUUGCGUUGAACGGAAAGUUCGUCGGAACAGCAGUGAUGAGGAUUGCUGAAGAGCUGUGUCUACCGAUUCGGGAGGGAGGCAGGGGAAUGGAGUCUUUGUUUGAGAAGACCUAG